AUGGUUAUGAUGUAUACCACUGCGCAUAGCCGCAUCCGUCAGCAGUCUUUCGAGACUUUCUGGUAUACGCACCAUCUCUUCAUUCCAUUUUUCCUUGGAUUGUACACCCACACCGUUGGCUGUUUCAUUCGGGAUACCACGCAACCUCUUUCACCAUUCGCGAAGGACUACUAUAAGCAUUGCAUUGGGUACCUUGGCUGGAAGUGGGAGCUCUGGACAGGUGGCUUGUAUGUGAUCGAACGUAUCUACCGUGAGGUCCGCGCUCGCCGCACCACUGAAAUUACCCGUGUAAUCCGUCAUCCCUAUGACGUCAUCGAACUUCAGUUCAACAAGCCGUCAUUCAGAUAUAAGGCUGGCCAAUGGCUGUUCCUACAGGUGCCGUCAAUCUCCAAAUACCAAUGGCACCCCUUCACGAUCACCUCAUGCCCGCACGAUCCCUAUGUCUCGAUACACGUUCGUCAAGUUGGCGACUUCACUUACUAUUUGGGUGAUGCUGUUGGCGUCGGGGCUGGCUCCUCACAAUCGAAGCUAUUGGAGGACAACGACCCAUUGGCGCUUUUUGAGGUCGUCCUACAAAUGGGGCAACAAAUGCCGAACGUGCGCAUCGAUGGCCCCUACGGUGCUCCUGCGGAGGACGUCUUCGAUAACGAAAUUGCCGUACUCAUAGGCAUGGGUAUCGGCGUGACUCCUUGGGCAUCUGUCCUCAAGAACAUCUGGCACCUGCGUCGAGGCCCUAACCCUCCGGCGCGUCUUCGGCGGAUUGACUUUGUCUGGGUUUGCAAGGACACUGGGGCAUUUGAAUGGUUCCAUAACCUCUUGUCCUCGCUGGAGACACAGUCAGCCGAAGCCGCCAGCCGACCUGAUGGCUCUGGGUUCCUCAACAUUCAUACUUAUCUCACGCAACGAUUGGAUAUGGACACGACACAAAACAUCAUUCUUAACUCUGUUGGUGCCAAGCUCGAUCCUCUGACUGAGCUCAAAACACGCACCAAUUUUGGCCGGCCCAACUUUGACUCGCUCCUCUCUGACGUACGAGAUGGGGUGUUAGAUCGUACCUACCCGAACGGCCUCGAGGGCAGAACGACAGUUGGUGUUUACUUUUGUGGACCGUCAGCAGCCGCUCGUGAGAUCAAGGCGACUUGCAAAAGCGUGACAGUGCCCGAAGUCAAUUUUCGCUUCUGGAAGGAACACUUCUAA